CUCUCUCUCUCUCUCUCUCUCCCUCUCUCUCUCUCUCUAGCUCUCUCUAUACAUAUACUAUAUUAUAGAUAUAUAUCCCAUCAAUACGUAACAACCACCAAAGAUUACAAUUCACAGCCUUCCAUUUUCCUUAAUUGUUGUGAACAUAAAGAUUUUGGAGAAUAGAUAUCAAUCUGUGUCAUUUUCUUCUGUUGGGUACAAAAAUAUAAAGAUGGAGAUCAAAGUCAAACCAAAAGCCGUAGAAUCUACGACGAUGAUGGCAACUAAAGAGGAGGAUGAAAUUAAGAAGACGAUGAAAGAUUGUGUGGUGAUUGGUCAAGAGGCAGAUGAGGAGGUUGGUAAAGGACAAGGUGAAACAAGACAAGCUGAUUCUAAGAAGUUGGAAAUUGACAAAAACUUUACGAGUCAGAAGACUAAAAAGAAAGAGGAGAACAAGAAAGAGGAAAAUAAUAAUUAUAUUUCUAACAUGAAGCAUAAGAAGACGAGUUCACACGUAUGGGACUGUGGGAGCACUCUCUACGACUCGUUCGAGCUCAACUCGUUCAAACGUCAACUUGACUCAGCCAUCUCAGCUUCCUCCGCUAGAACGAUGUCCAUGUCUCGCCUCCCCGACCGUCGUCUCCCUCCUCUCAGCUCACUCUCACCGGAGAAUCCUCCUCCUCUUCCUUCACUGCCGACAACUUCUUCUUCCUCCUCCUCCGGCGGCAAGAAACACUCGAACAAGAUCUCUCGUUCUCUUCAGAGAUUCUUGAAGUCAGUGUUCAAACCUAAACAGCACCAAAGCUUGAGCACUCCUUCUUCCCCGGUCUACAAGGCGGUGGGUCACGGAGGCGGCGGUGAUAAAGAUCGAUAUUACGUCGUUUAUGACAAAUCGGGUUCGUUGACAACUAUUCCAGAGUCAACGUCGGAGAAGGAAGUGAGCCCUGAGAUCAACUCUCUUGUUAGGAAAACCGUAUCCGAGAGAUUCCCGGCGAGUCGAGUCGUUGGUAUUUCAUGUGCUUGAUAUCUUGAUUAUCUAAUAAAUCUAAUUAAUUAAGUCUUAAAUUUGAUAUAAAUUAAUAUCUAUAUAUAUAAACAUGUUAUGACUUGUCAAAUUAAUUAUUAGAGACCUUUUUUUUUUUAAUGUGAUAAAGAUUUUGGAAAUGAAUAAUCGUGUUGGACGUAUUGUAUAUAUCGUGAAUGUAAAAGUGUGAUGCAUUUAUGAUGCAAUGUA